AUUUCCCGUGCUGCACCGCGGCCUUCCUCUUUCUCUUCCGGUCCCACGCGCUUCGGCAUCUGAGGGCCCGGGUGCAGACAUGGCCAAGUCCAAGAACCACACCACGCACAACCAGUCCCGAAAAUGGCAUAGAAACGGCAUCAAGAAACCCCGAUCACAACGAUACGAAUCUCUUAAGGGGGUAGACCCCAAGUUCCUGAGGAACAUGCGCUUUGCCAAGAAGCACAACAAGAAGGGCCUGAAGAAGAUGCAGGCCAACAACGCGAAGGCCAUGAGUGCACGUGCUGAGGCUGUCAAGGCCCUCGUGAAGCCCAAGGAGGUCAAGCCCAAGAUGCCAACAGGCGGCAGCCGCAAGCUCAGCCGACUUGCCUACAUCGCCCACCCCAAGCUCGGGAAGCGUGCCCGUGCUCGCAUCGCGAAGGGCCUCAGGCUCUGCCGGCGAAAGUCCCAGGCCAAGGCUCCAACCAAGGCCAAGCCACCUGCGGCUGCGGCUCCAGCUGCCAAGGGUGCCCAGGCCCCCACCAAAGCUCCGGAGUAGGGACCUUCAUCUGCCAGUGUGAGGACAGAAGGACUGGUGUGACCCCCUGGGCUGCUGUCUGCGUGGGGCUGGUGUCCUCCUGUGCUAUUUGUACGAAUAAAUCUGAGACAGGA